AUGCAGCUCACCACGCUCUUCGUUGCCGCGCUGAGCGCCGUCUCCGUCUCCGCCUCGCCUUCGUGGAUGGGAGGCGACCAAGUCGUCGUAAAGGAAGAGUACAAGGUGCCUGGCGAAAACCCGCUGUACUUUUGCGGCGACCCAGCCAACGACAUCCUUACCAUCGAGAAGGUCGACCUUAGCCCCAACCCUCCCCAGCCUGGGCAAACGCUCAGCAUCAAAGCCACGGGCAACUUCAAGGAAGAGGUUGGCGAGGGUUUCAAGAUGCACCUCCAGGUCAAGUAUGGCAUUAUCACGCUCAUCAACCAGAACGCCGAUGGAUGCGACACCAUUAAGAAGGGAGACCUUGAUUGCCCGCUCAAGAAGGGCGAAAUGAGCCUGACCAAGGAUGUUGAUCUGCCCAGGGAGAUUCCUCCGGGUCAAUACACCGUUCUUGCCGAUGUAUUCACGGAGAAUGAGGAAAAGAUCACCUGCCUCACCGCCAAGAUUGCAUUCCACCGGUAA